AUGUCUUCCACAAGCAUGACACCACCAACCAAGUCUCCAGUGGCCGACGAGCAACUAAACGUAGAGUUCGACUGGUCCUCAGACUCGCACUCAUCAACACCUCUCGACUGGGGUUUCCAACCUCCUUUAGACCCGGAUUUAUCGAAUUUCUCAGCUUUUUCAGACAUUGAUUCCCUUUUUGGGCCCGAACUGAGUUUCGAGGGCCUUAGUCCAAAAACUCAGUCCACGGGAGGAACACAAGAAUACCUACCAGAGGAAUCCCUUCUAGUGGGGAGUUCCGGUCUUGCAGGUGAUGAUAUUGUCUCGAUUACUAUACUUGGCUCUACUACCGCGAAACCUUUGGAUAUUUCGGCCCCAGAAUAUCUAGAACGUCAUACAAGCAUCGAUGUAGAAUCUUCAACAGCUACGGUGCAGACUCGAGAGGUAUGAUUUCAUAACAGACUUUGGCACUUUGAUACUAACUGUACACUAGGAGUACAUUCUUUCGUUACGGCAAAAGCUGAAGAGGGAGUUUUUUCCUAAGAACCAGGAGUUAACGGAAGAUAAUAUUGAUGAGAUUUCCUCUGACCUGGGUCGAAUUGAGAAAGCCGGAACUAUACCACCUAGUAUCAUUCGGGAUACAAAGAUCAGAAGGUUGUUCAGGACAAUCAUAACGCUAGAGAUGAUCCCAAGGGAUAACGAGCUUCAAAUUAAGGAACGAGUGAGCCGCUUGCUUACGAGUUGGGCUGAGCCUGCCAUCCUCUCGACUACACAAGCUCAAUCCAAGUCCGCCCCACCGCAGACGCUCAUUGAUCUUACUGGAGCGGACAGCGAUCAUGAGUAUGUUACACCUCCCGAUACGCCAAAAUCUGGGCUCUUGCCCACUUCAAGCACAUGUAAGUGUCCAUUUAUAUCUGAUCUUCACUAGACUAACAAUUGAUGGCAGAUUCUAAUCCAUCCAUCAGCACCGAGACGAACUCACGCCCUGCAUCUAAUGGGAAUUCCAACACCAAGAAGAGGAAGUCCUCUUUAGUUUCCAGCAAUUCAACCACUCCAGGCAAAUGUCGGCGAACCCAGCGAGUGACCACGGUAAAACAGCACUUGGCGGAUGAAAUGCAUCACAGCAGUCAGUGGUUGGCAGGGAUGGAAAAGAGCAUUAAUGAUUGUGAAGCAGACCUAGUUGCUUUGGAGGAAAAGAAGGCGAGGUUUCUCGCAGAGAUUGAAGAAAAGAGGGAAGAGGUUACACGGCGGAAAAACGAGUUCAUCGAGUUAAAGAAUAGCAUGGUGGCCUGGGGGGCCCGUAAUGAAGUGGUCUCAGAAGAAUGGAAAUCGUGUUGGCUUUUUCGCUCGUCUAUAAAAUGA